UUAGGUAUCACGGCAGCAUCUCCCAAGAUGGCUUCUUCAAAUGUGCCCAUGCUCGGGGGACGUGGCCGCGUUGUCCUCCGACCUCCUGGCACAGGCAAAUUGUUCCCCGUUGGCAGUACAGAUGGCAUUAGAGGCUACGGGAACUCGACCCCAUCAAGGCGACGACUCCAGAGAGACCCGUCUGAAUCCCCUCAACGUUCAAAUGCUGUCGAAGAACCUCCAUAACCAGAUCUUUCGAGGACUGGAACCCAAAUUUAAAGAGGAGAAUGUGGAGCGCAGCAUCCAACAUUUGCAAAAACAUGAACUCUGGGGAAAAGAAGCCUCUCUGUUGCCUGAUGUAGAAUUGAAACUCCCUCAGAUGUAUGGAAAGAAUAUUGAUGAACAUUUUCGCAUCCUAGCCCAGAAUCAGAGUCUUCCUUACCUGGAAGCUGCCGUGAAGCUGCAGAAGGCCAAACUACCUCCAAUGCCACAGGAAUGGCGGUGGGAGGUUGGAUGGACACGCUAUGAGCCAAGUGGAGCGAGUCAGAAAGUGGAUUUUCCAGAGGAGACGGCUCUGGUUUUUGAUGUGGAGGUGUGCAUGACAGAAGGACAGUGUCCCACUCUGGCUGUUGCUGUGUCCCCCACAAAUUGGUAUUCCUGGUGCAGCAAGCGUCUCAUCGAAGAACGAUACACCUGGUCAAACCGUCUGACUCUUGCAGACUUAAUUCCACUGGAGACAUCUUCAAACUCUGUUUGUCCUACCAAAGGCCAGUGGACCAACAGGAUCAUAGUGGGACACAAUGUCAGCUUUGAUCGAUCCUUUAUUAAGGAGCAGUAUUUGCUUAAGGGUUCAAAGAUGCGUUUCAUUGAUACCAUGAGCCUUCACAUGGCCAUUUCAGGACUGACAGGGUUACAGCGCUCAUUGUGGAUCGCAAGUAAGCUUGGCAAGAGAAGAGGUCUUCAGGAGGUCAAGGCACACAUUAAAAAAUCUGAACAGAAAAGGGACAGACCAAUGGUCGGUUCCUGGGAUUGGGUGAAUAUCAGCAGCAUCAAUAACCUUGCAGAUGUUCAUUCACUGUAUGUGGGUGGGCCUCCGCUGCAGAAAGAGGCCAGAGAGACCUUUGUGAAGGGCACCAUGGUGGAUGUCAGGAACAACUUCCAGGAAUUGAUGCAGUACUGCGCCAUGGAUGUUGAGGCCACUCAUGAGGUCUUUACUGAACAGCUGUCUCUCUUCAUGGAGAGGUGUCCUCAUCCAGUGACAUUUGCAGGGAUGUUGGAGAUGGGCGUGAGUUACCUUCCUGUCAAUCAAAACUGGAAUCGGUACCUAGAAGACUCUCAGGACAUUUACGAAGAGCUCCAGAGAGAAAUGAAGAAGUCUCUAAUGACGGUGGCAGAUGAUGCCUGUCAGCUGCUCCAAAAUGAAAAAUACAAAGAUGAUCCCUGGCUCUGGGAUCUUGAGUGGGACGUGCAAGAGUUCAAGUUGAAGAAAGUAGCAGCCAGGAAGUCGAAGAAACUGAAAGAAUCAGAAGAAGAACAAGUUGUUAAUUACGUUCCAGACUGCAGAGAAGGUCCCCCUUCUGAAGAGGAGAUGGACGGAGUUCCUCCUAGCAGGCUUGCAGUCGAAAAGCUGAAGGAAACAGUGUCUCGACUUCCCAAAAGGAAGCAACACCUACCCGGACACCCAGGGUGGUACCGUAAGCUGUGUGAGAAGAUGACAGAGGAGGAGAGCUGGUCACCUGGAGCAAGUCUGAUCAGUCUGCAGAUGAGACUGACGCCAAAGUUGAUGGGUCUGACGUGGGAUGGAUUCCCUCUUCAUUACACAGAGAAGCAUGGCUGGGGCUAUUUGGUGCCCGGACGCAAGGAUAACCUUGUUCUUCCAGAGGAAAGCACUGGACCUGUGUGUCCACACAGAGCCAUUGAGAAUGCUUACAGAGAUUUUUGUAAGGAGAACAGCAGAGACCCUCCUCCUGAUUUGGACCCUGGCCAUUAUGAUGACUUCAUGUUGUCAGACAGCACAGUGUGGGAGAAGGUGGAGGAGUUAGGUUCCAUUGAAAAUCUGACAGAAGGAAAUGAAAUACAAAUGAUGAGAAGCAACAGGAAGAGCAACACUUUGAGUUCCCAGAAUUCACUUAGUUUACCGGACAACAGCAAGUGCCAUUAUCACCAUGGGAAUGGUCCAUAUAACGACGUAGCCAUCCCAGGAUGCUGGUUUUUUAAAUUGCCACAUAAGGAUGGUAAUCACAACAAUGUUGGUAGCCCGUUUUCCAAGGACUUCCUGGCUAAGAUGGAGGAUGGUACACUGAGAGCAGGGCGGAGUGGAAGCAACGCCACACGAGCCCUGGAGAUCAACAAAAUGAUUUCUUUUUGGAGGAACGCCCAUAAACGUAUAAGCUCUCAGAUGGUGCUGUGGCUGCGGCGAGGAGAGCUGCCUCGUGCUGUUGUCAGGAGUAAAGAGUUCGAUGAAGAUGGCCAGUAUGGUGCCAUAUUACCUCAGGUCAUCACUGCUGGGACAGUAACCCGCAGGGCUGUGGAGCCGACAUGGCUAACUGCAAGUAACGCAAGGAGGGACCGUGUAGGCAGCGAGCUAAAAGCCAUGGUGCAGGUACCACCUGGGUACCACCUGGUCGGAGCAGACGUUGACUCUCAGGAGUUGUGGAUCGCCGCUGUACUGGGAGAAGCUCACUUUGCUGGGAUUCAUGGAUGCACAGCGUUUGGCUGGAUGACCCUUCAGGGAAAGAAGAGUCAGGGCACUGACCUGCACAGCCGCACUGCUGAUGCUGUAGGUAUUAGCAGAGAGCACGCUAAGGUCUUCAACUAUGGACGCAUCUACGGAGCAGGACAAGCCUUUGCUGAGAGGCUGCUGAUGCAGUUCAACCACCGCCUCAGUCAGACGGAGGCUGCAGACAAGGCCCGGCAGAUGUAUGCCCUGACAAAGGGUAUACGCAGAUACCAUCUGUCAGAAGAGGGUGAGUGGCUGGUGAAGGAGCUGAACAUAGAGGUGGAAAGGAAUGAAGAUGGAAGUGUCUCCCUGCAGGAGCUCAGAAGGAUCUCCAGACUGGCUUCAAAGAGCUCCAAGAGAAAGAGGUGGGAUAUCGUCAGAAACCACCUGUGGUCUGGAGGAACGGAGUCGGACAUGUUCAAUAAGCUGGAGAGUAUUGCUCAUUCUGAACAGCCAGCCACACCUGUUCUGGGCUGCAGAAUUAGCAGAGCUUUGGAGCCAAGUGCAGUAAAAGAUGAGUUCAUCACCAGCAGAGUAAACUGGGUGGUGCAGAGCUCAGCUGUAGACUAUCUACAUCUGAUACUGGUGGCCAUGAGGUGGCUCUUUGAGGAGUACAACAUUGAUGGGCGCUUCUGCAUCAGCAUCCACGACGAAGUGCGGUACCUUGUCCGCAGCGAAGACCGUUACCGGGCAGCUCUUGCACUUCAGAUUACAAACCUUCUUACAAGGAGUGCGUUUGCCCAUGCACUGGGCAUGCAGGACCUUCCACAGUCAGUUGCAUUUUUCAGUGCCGUGGAUGUCGACCAAUGUUUGAGGAAGGAGGUCGUCAUGGACUGUGUGACCCCCUCCAACCCCACAGGUCUGGAAGGCAGAUAUGGCCUGAAACCUGGUGAAGCUUUGGACAUCUACCAAAUCAUCGACCUUACCAAAGGCUCACUGAACAAAGGAUAGAACAUCAUGGACAUCUCUGCUGCGCAGUAACACAUGCAAAAAAAAAUAAUGCCACAGACAUUCAGUAGCUGUCACUUGUGCCGUCACAUGAUUGCAGCCGUCAAUCAAGAUGGGCCAGCUCAGAGGUUUAUGCUGCAUGUUAUCUGGAUUGUAUUCAUAAAAGUGAAAGAAUACAGUUGUUUUAAGUUAUUUGUGUGUGGUGUUUUAAAUCAUAAUUUAUAAAAUAACCUAUUUGAGAAAAAUAUGUAUCAGUCAAUUGUUUUUAUGAAUUAUUAGACAUUUCAGGCAACUGCAUUUUGAAUUCCAACCCCCCCCACCACCCCCAAACACAGAGAAAGGCAAUGUUGAAUAAUCUGGUCGCUAAAAAAA